AUGCCACUCACUCAAGCAGACAUCGAUGAGGAGCGCACGCACUUCGCGAAUGUGAUAGCGACGUUCCAGCAGUAUGCUCCGUAUGCCCUGAACGCGAACAAUCGCCGCCGAAAGGACAUCCACAUUAUCCCGAUCGAGGACCGCGAGCUGCUCGAGCAGAUCGGGUACAAGCAGCGGAUCUCGGCGACGGACGACGCGAUCCUCGCGAACGCUGAGUUCCUGAACCUGCUCACCGCGAACCCCGAGAUAUUCGGGCAGGAACUGGCUGAGGACCCGGUAGAAGGAAGCGCGGAUCAGCCAGAAUCCUCAAGAAGACAUGACCCGAGACGCGGCCAACACUCCCAUGAGCACUCAGGAUCAAGUCAUAGCCAUUCAGUCUCGCACCCCCACCGGGGACACUCGCAUGGGGGAGGGCACUCUCAUUCUCAUGACUCUCCUCAGGAUGGCUCGUCGAGAACAGACAAGGGCCGGGGCGGAAAGCGGCGAUACAAACCCACUGAACACGACAUGGAGAAGCUGCGCAGCACGCUGAAGCAACUCGUCCGUGACUGGAGCGAGGAGGGAAAAGCGGAGCGGGACGUCUGCUACGAGCCCAUCAAGGAGGCCUUGUUGCAGCAUUUCUCCGACAUCCCGCAAGAAGAGAGAGGGAACUUUCGUGUUUUAGUUCCCGGGGCAGGACUCGGAAGACUGGCUUGGGAUGUGGCAAACCUAGGCUUUGCGUGCCAGGGAAACGAGUUUUCACACUACAUGCUGCUCGCCUCCUUCCAUAUGCUAAAUAGGACAGACGCCGUCAACAAACACACAAUCUACCCAUACAUCCACUCGUUCUCCAAUCUCCUGAAUAGCGAGGGUCUUCUCCGGCCAAUCCGCAUACCGGACGUCCUGCCAUCUGGUCUGGCCCCAGGCUCGGACUUCUCCCUAGUGGCGGGAGACUUUGAGGAGAUUUAUGGCGCCGAAGAGGGCGAUGACGCAGAGUCGCAGGUGGGGCAGUGGGACGCCGUCCUCACCUGCUUCUUCAUCGACACGGCGAAGAACAUCAUCAACUACCUCCGUAUCAUCCACCGCAUACUCGCACCCGGUGGCGUGUGGAUCAAUCUAGGACCCCUAUUGUGGCACUGGGAGAACAACACGACGAAUGACCCGUCUAUCGAACUUACGCUCGACGAAGUGAAGGCCCUCGCACGCUCCAUCGGCUUCGAAAUAUCUAACGAGCGCACGAUCGACACCACAUACACGAACAACGCGCAGAGCAUGCUCGGAUACGUGUAUCACGCCUCGUUCUGGACCGCAACAAAAAUCAUCUAGGUCGCCUGGCCGGACGCACACGCAUAGGAGGACGAAAGAUAGAUGUUAAACCGCUAUAUGUGCAUUGACGUUGAGAUUGUCUGUAAUACAUCUCUAUAAU